AUGCAUGGACCAAACCUGAAACAAACACUGCAUGGACUAAACCUGAAUCAAACACUGCAUGGACCAAACCUGAAUCGAACAUUGCAUGGACCAAACCUGAAUCAAACAAUGCAUGGACCAAACCUGAAUCAAACAAUGCAUGGACCAAACCUGAAACAAACAUUGCAUGGACCAAACCUGAAUCAAACACUGCAUGGACCAAACCUGAAUCAAACACUGCAUGGACCAAACCUGAAUCGAACAUUGCAUGGACCAAACCUGAAUCAAACAAUGCAUGGACCAAACCUGAAACAAACACUGCAUGGACUAAACCUGAAUCAAACACUGCAUGGACCAAACCUGAAUCAAACACUGCAUGGACCAAACCUGAAUCAAACACUGCAUGGACCAAACCUGAAUCAAACACUGCAUGGACCAAACCUGAGUCAAACACUGCAUGGACCAAACCUGAAUCAAACAGUGCAUGGACCAAACCGGAAUCGAACACUGCAUGGACCAAACCGGAAUCGAACACUGCAUGGACCAAACCUGAAUCAAACACUGCAUGGACCAAACCUGAAUCAAACACUGCAUGGACCAAACCUGAAUCGAACACUGCAUGGACCAAACCUGAAUCAAACACUGCAUGGACCAAACCUGAAUCAAACAUUGCAUGGACCAAACCUGAAUCCAACAUUGCAUGGACCAAACCUGAAUCGAACACUGCAUGGACCAAACCUGAAUCCAACAGUGCAUGGACCAAACCUGAAUCAAACAGUGCAUGGACCAAACCGGAAUCGAACACUGCAUGGACUGCAUGAAUCGAACACUGCAUGGACUGCAUGA